CACACUCUCUCUCUCUGUCUCUCUCUAAAUCUAGAAAUCUUCAGUUUCCCUAAAUCUGUGUGAAAACGAUGAAGUCCCCAGCGAAGAUCGGAGAGAAUCGGUUCUUAGGAAACAUUUCGACUUCUUCUAUCCGAAAUUUGCUUCCCAGAUCCAUCUACGCGAAGCAGAAAUCAAUCCAAAAUCCACAAGCUCAAAGUUUCAGAUCCAACGAUGAGAACGCGCCUCCCUGCGACUCAAACAUACAUACUGCUCAUAACGAUCUUCACUUGAAGAAAAAAUCGCCGCAGAAAGUAUUCUUAUCCGCCGCGACCCAGAUUCUCCCCGAAGAACAAACUCAGAUUCAGAAGUUUGUGCCAAACACUUACCCUGAAGACAAAGAGGAUAUUGGUUCAAAUUCUCCACUAAAGUUUGAAGCCAGGAAUGUACUGGCCACAAGAUCUGUCCCAAUGGCUAACGAGAUUACAGAGGAAGAUGACAAAUUGGGUGACCAGAUUCGUGAACUAAAGGAGGAGCUAAUAAGAACCAAGUCUGAUGGGUACAAACCUGAUGGAAGCAAGGGUGGUUACUUUGUGAGGGAGAGCUUGAGUCAAUUGAGAAUGAGCAUCAACAAGUCUUUAGUCAUGUCGUGUGGAAACAAAGAAGAUUCAGAAAAGGAAACAAUGGAUGAUGAUGUGAUGGAAUUGAAUAGACAUAUUGAGAAGUUUCACGCUUUCUCUGAUGUUGAUGACUUGAAGGAUUCUAUGCAAUCCUCUUUUGCAAGUGCGUCCUGUUGUGAAGCAGAGUCGAUGAGCGGAGAUGAGAUCUGCUCAGAAGAUGUGGAGAUACACAAGCGUCGGAUUCACAAAGAUUGUGCCUUGGCUGAAUCUGUGGGAAAUGGGAUUUCAAUCAGCUUACCUCACCAGGCUCGUACUCUUGAAGAGCCAGCUUUGUCCGAAUCUCCAAAGAUUAGGAACUUUAGGAAGAGCGUGGCUGUGUCGACAAAGUUUCAGGCAAGUCCGAGGAAUGUAACCGAGAGCCACAACAUUGGAAGCAAAACUGUCGAACAAUUUGGCCCUUGUAUGUCCAAGAAGCCUUUGAGUCCUACAGAUUCUCUAGCUGCAAGUCUCCAGAGAGGACUACAGAUUAUAGACUGUCACCAAAGGAGCUCACUUUCAAACAGAUCUUCUGUUUCCUUCUCGUUUGGGCAUCUGUCUCUGAAGCCUUGCGAUGAAGCCGAGAAUCUUAGUGCUUCGGCAUUGUUACAGGAAGAUAGACCAAAAGAAGGUGGAUCAUCCAUUCUUCUGUGCCUUUCUUGCAGACAGAAACUUGACCAAGAAGCUGAAGGAGGAUAUAAGGCAACAGAAGAAACUUGCGCAGACGAGAAGCAUCUCAAGAACAUGUGUAUGGAGCAGGCUACCAAAAUUGAGCAGCUAACUUGUCUGUUAGACCAAUACAAAAAGAACAGUGUGCAAGAGCCAAGUAAGCUGAUGAAACCCAUCGAUGGUGAAGAUGGGACAGAGGUUGUGAAGGAAACAUAUGAGACAAACCAACUUAGUGAGGAGUUUGGGAAGAAAAGGAUCGAUCUCAGUGAAAAGGAAGCUCUUUUAAAGGAGAUUGCAGAGCUUAAGAGCAAGCUACAGCCUACUAAAUCAACAGAUAAUCUGAGAUCAUCUUUGCUUUUACGGUCCUUUCAAAUGAGGAAAAGCACUGAUCUUACCAAGAACGCGGAGAACAACAGUGACGUCCUAGAGGAAGAACGUGAAAGGUGGACAGAAAUGGAGAGUGAAUGGAUAUCAUUAACAGAUGAUCUGAGAAUGGAUAUUGAUAGCCACCGUAGACACGCAGAGGAUCUGGAGAUAGAGCUCAAAAAAGAGAAAAUGGCUACAGAGGAGUUAAAUGACGCUCUUAGUAGAGCUAUGGUUGGUCACAGUAGAUUCAUCGAGCAAUACACAGAACUACAGGAGAAGUAUGAUGAAUUAGCUGAGAGGCAUAGUGUGACGAUGGCAGGAAUAGUUGAUGUGAAAAAAGCGGCGGCUAAAGCUGCUGUGAAAGGCCGUCAUGGGAAGCGUUUUGCAAAAGCUUUCUCAGCUGAGCUUACUGCCAUUAGAGCUGAGAAGGAGAAAGAAAGAGAGUUCCUGAAAAAGGAGAACAAGGGCCUUAAAGUUCAGCUGCGAGAUACCGCUGAAGCUGUCCAAGCUGCAGGAGAAUUACUUAUCAGACUCCGAGAAGCUGAGCAAUAUGUGCAAUCCUCUGAGGAACGUUUCAGCUUAAUUGAAGAAGAGAAUGAGAGGUUGAAGAAGCAAAUGGAGAAGUUAAAGAGUAAGCACAAAACAGAAAUGAGCACAAUGAAGCAAUAUCUUGCAGAAAGCAAACUACCAGGGUCUGCAUUAGAGCCAUGGUUCAAGGAGAAUGAGGAAAAUUUAUCAGAACACAGAACCGGUUUGGUCAUGGAGAAUGAGGAACAUGAAUCAGAACACAGAACCGGUUUGGUCAGCUAUGACGAUUAUGCAGACGAUCAAGCAUGGAGAGCUGAGUUUGGAGCCAUAUAUCAAGACCAGGAGUCUUGAUCAUUUCUUAUGUUGGUGUUUAUCUGUUUUUUUUUGUGUUUUUUUUUUUUGUGUAUGUGUGUUGCGAGUGAAAUCUAUUUGAUUUCAAACAGAUUAUUUGAGAUUGAGGUUGAACAAUCAUAGGUGUUCGAAGGGACUUAGUAUCUGAUUUUAUUGUCCGAGUUUCUCUAAAAAUCUAGACUCAUGAGGUUCUUGAGGGAUAACAAUGGUGUCUGUGUAGACUUCUUUAGCAUAGCUUUUCCAGAGAAGAACAUUA